GGGGGGGGGGAGGCGAAGUGACAACUUUGCUGAUUGACGAGUAUCAACGCCGUGUUCUCCUCUUUUCUCUUUUUUUCUCCCCCCGCGCAGAGCGUCACAGCGGCCAAUGCUCAAGUUGCACAUAGGAGAAGCUCACCAGCUCCCAAUGGACAGACGCUCGGAGAAGGCUGGCGCAACAAGCAUGGAAUUAUUUUUGUAAUGUGGAUCGUUUUUCCCCUGCAAGAAAAUAAAAGUCCGCUGCGGAACAAUGUGGCACGCUUUUCGUCUUGGAUUCUCUUUUUUCUGGAUAUCUUGAAAAUCAUCGGCAACAGUUGAGAAGGAAGACGUUAUGCGCAAAGGAUUGUAUGCUCCGACCCCGGGACCACCAUGGAUCUGCCAUUACAACCCCCUGCCCCUUAUUUAGAGAAGUUGUAGCCGGUCCGCUUGUGUUGCUCUUGUACUUGUUGUCAUAAACUUACAGAACAAAUCGCCACUUCGGCCCCUUGGAUUUUAAAACGUCGCCUGCCUGUGGAUUGGAUUUCAAACAUGAACUUUAUUGACAGUUUGACACUAUUAUUUUUGACGCUGUCAGCUGUCAAGAGCGCCCACAUACCGAGGGGAACAGAACGAGGUCCACAUGACGCGAUCCCAUUGAUGGAGGUGUACAACAAGAGCCUGUGUCAGCCCCGAGAGCUGCUGGUGGAGAUUCUGCAGGAGUACCCGGAGGAGGUGGAGCACAUCUUCAUCCCGUCCUGCGUGGUGUUGACGCGCUGCGCCGGCUGCUGCAGCGAUGAGAUGAUGCAGUGCGUGCCGACGUCCAGCUACAACGUGACGAUGGAGAUUAAAAGAAUAAAACCCCAAAGGCAACAAAAUGAUUUUCUCAUGAGUUUCACAGAGCACAGCGCAUGUGAGUGUAGGUUAAAGAAAGAAGCGGCAGAACAGAAAGACAAAAAGUCCCGGAAAGGCAAAGCUAAAGGCCAAAAGAGAAAACGAAAGAAAAACCGCGACAAAACUAUUCACGGCGCCGUCUGCGCGCCGUGUUGCGAUCACUGCUCGGAGAGGAGGAGGCGCCUGUUCCUGCAAGAUCCAGCCAGCUGCCGGUGCUCCUGCAAGCACACGGACGCCUUCUGUAAAGAACGCCAGCUGGAGCUCAACGAGAAGACCUGCAAAUGUGACAAGCCGAGGAGAUGAGCGAGGUGGCAGCACCAGAUGUACAAGAUGAAGGAAUAUUAGAGAUAUUUCACAGCACAGCACUUUGACCUUUGAACCGUAAGCUCUUCUUUUCUGUGGAAAGCAUUCCCCUCGGACUGUCGUGAGAGAGAACACUGAGACUGAACUGAAGUUUCCUCCCACUGUGUAUCUGUGUGUAAAUAGACCAUGAUAUAAGAAAAAAAUGAGUACAGAAUUGUUAUGCUGCUACAAACACAAAUAACUAAACCCAUCAUUUGACAAAAGGAAAAUAGCUCGUGGUUUUGCAUUUCUAACAGGCUUGUGAUGCAGAUGUAGUCUUCUUGUGAAUUCAUCGUAUACAAUUACUUCACUGGAUAUCUGGAGUCUCUACUGUGAUUGUGUGUCAGUCGUAAAAUGGCAGAAUCUCCCCACGUGAGAUAUAUUUAACUGUGGAGGACGACGUUGGACGGACGGACGGAUUCUCCUCGGGCGAUUUCUGCUCUUGCUUUUGGAGUAUCGACGGCGGGACAACGGGGGACAGAGGAACCUGUCUUUUCCGGGACGGUGCAGGACUGACACGAACGCUCACGGUGUGGACGCCGCCGUCCGCCUGCGCGAGAACAGAUGCUUUUAAAGGGAUCCUGGUCGACAGCAGAGCUGCUUCACUGCCCCGCAGGAAAACCACUGAGAACAUCCGAUACUGUAGUUUGAUUCCAUUUGAAAAACUGUGCCUCACAAUGUGUACUGAGAAAUCUUUCGAGUGCUUUUUAAAUUAUUUGUUUGUUUUCCUUUUCAGGAGAGGGGAUUUUCAAAGUAGUUUUGUUAGUUGUCCAACUUGUACGUAUGUUCAUCUCUGUACUUGUACAUACUUAAUAUCCCUUUAUGCCAUAGUCCAUUUUAGAUAAUUUAUAAUGUUAUAGAGUAUUUUGCAGUAUUCAUCCUUCUACCCAUAUUUAAUUUGGUUUAUUUAUAUAUGCAGUGUUAUGUCCUCCCUCCCCACCAUGUAUAAGGUCACUGACGGCUCCUCAGCACGGAGCGUCUCUGUGCUUCUCUUCACAACCAACUAAAAAAUGACGUCAAAUGACUAUUUGUUAACAUUCCCUAAAUCAUUUGGAUCAUUUGUCCUGGUGCACCGGUGACGUUUCCCCCUCGUGUGGGGGCAGUGGGCGCUGUGUAGGGUUUUGAACAUGCUGUGUGUGUGUGUGUGUGAGUGUGUGUGUUAAUGCACACAUCUGUGCGGAGGUAUCAGGAAGUUGUGUUCCAAGAAAGCGGCGGGCCUGUUUUUAAGUCCGUUCCGCGAGAACAAACUUCACUGCAGCGCUCCGCACUUCCACCAUGACACCUUUUAAAACAUCUGGAUUCCAGUCGGCGUCAUCAGUUAUCCACUCAUUAUAAGUUAUCUUUGUCACUCUACUAUUAACAUGUUUUCUGUCUAUGUAAAACAGUAAAGCAUAUUUAUUUUCAAAUUAUAUUGUUUUUAUAUAAAAUAAGGAAACGCUU